AUGGAUUCGAAUGAUUCUUCAUUCGAGAAUAGACUUUUACGAAAUUCUUUUAUUGUUCGACCAAGAACAUUACUUCGAUCACCAUUGUAUCGAAUAAAAGAAAAUACUGAAGCUAUUCAUAUUAAAGAUGGCUCUCUAACAGGAUUAGAUUAUUUAUCUAAUAUACGAAAUUAUUUAUGGAAUCGAGAAACAAAACGAUUUUGUGCUCGUGAUGGUCUUGAAUGGGCAAAACUUGGCUUUUGUUAUUUUAUCCAUUUUUUUACAUUGGGCAUUCUUUUUUCUGCACUUGUCAUUGUCUAUUUUUUACUUAUGGAUAAAAAGACGCCGAGACGAUUGGGCAAUGAAAGUGCAUUAGCAUUUGACAAUGGUAUCCAUCCAGGUCUUGGCUUUCGACCACAAUUUUACAUGGAUCGCUCAAUUAUAAAGUGGCGUAGUUCACGUAAAACAGGUCAUGAAUCCAUUGGUCAGAUGAUUGAUAAUAUACAAGAAUGGGGUAAAAUGUAUAUUCUUAAAGAUCAAUUCUAUCAACAAAUGAUCGAUUGCACAGCGAUACCACGCCAUUUACUAAUAGAUUAUUUUCGUCAAGGACUUUCAUGUAUAUUUUUGGUGACUGAUGUUAAACCAGGUCCUAAUCCGUGCACGAAACCGAAAAGUUAUGGCUAUAAUAAAGGUCGACCGUGUGUUGUUAUUAAGUUAAAUCGAAUCUUCGGCUGGAUACCAGAACCAUAUCAAUCAAAAGAAGAAGUACCAAUCGAAAUUCGUCAUUUAUGGCAACCAGUUAUGAAAAAUUUCGUAUUAAUUAAAUGUUUCGGACAAUAUCCCACGGAUCAAGAUCUUGUCUAUCAAGUCGAUCAUAUUUCAAUAUUAGCUAAUAAAGCUAUUGGUGGUAUACCAACAUAUUUUUUUCCAUUUUUAAAUCAACCUGGCUAUCGGCAGCCUUAUAUAUGGGCACAGUUUGUUAAAAUUGAAUCUAAUGUUUUAUUGAAUAUUGUAUGCCGUGCUUAUGCAAAAAAUAUUCGUCAGAGUACCAAUGUUGAAGAUAUGACUGGUGCCGUACAUUUUGAACUUUUUUUUGAAUAG